AACAGUUUUCAUCAGCAGAGGAGGAUAUCAUUUUACCACAAACUAAUGCUUCAUCAAAUCUGACCAAAGAAGCCUCUCCACAAAGGGAAGAAGAACUGCCAUUUACUUCCACACAGUCCACUGUUGCACAAGAACUAACAAUGCAAAAAGUUCAUGAGGAAAUUAUUCCAACAACAGAAGAAAUGUCUACAGCACUGUAUGAAGAUUCUACACCAAAUGAAAUUUAUUCACCCAAAGAUGGACUGACCAACACUAGCAAUGAAGCACUGGAAACAUUUACAAAUUUCACAGUCACAAAGGUAACAGCUUCAAGCAGCAAGCAAGAUAAGCAACCACCAGAUGACUUUGAAAUGUCUGAUGAUGAUGUUAUGCUUUUACUUAGUGUAACUAGGAAAAACAGCUUCAUGUCUGAAGAAGCAGUAAACACACUCAGCAAGUAUGCUAAUGUUCAUACAGCAAUAUCAUCAAAUAAUGUUACAAAAGACAGUCAAAACAAUAUCUAUGAGGAUCAUAACAAAAUAAGCAAUAAAACAACUGAAAGCUACGUCAGCGAUAAAAUAACAAAUAAUAUGGCAGAAGAAGCAAAGCUGUCAACGAAAGCAAUUCUGUUGCAUGGAAGCAACAAUCAUGCAGGGAUACCAAUUCUAACAAAAAUAUACAAUAAAGCACCCCAACAAUUUAGUGAAAAACAAGCAACUACUGAAGAAGGAUCUCCUGAUCUUGUUAAUACAGCAGGAUGUCCCAGCAACCAAAGUCUCCGCUGUGGAGAUGGGGAAUGUAUCUCGUCUCUGUCUCGUUGCAACCAGCUUGUUGACUGCAGCGAUGGGAUAGAUGAGCAAAGCUGUACCUGUGCAGAUUACCUAAAAGCACAGUUCCUCACACGCAAGCUGUGUGAUGGUAUUGUUGACUGCUGGGAUUUCAGUGAUGAGAAUAACUGUGAAUGGUGUUCUCCUGGGCAGUUCGUGUGUCCCAACUCCCAGGUGUGUGUGGACCAACAUCGACUUUGUGAUGGGGCACGAGACUGUCCCUAUGGUGAUGAUGAAAAGCAAUGUGUCACUGUUGCACAAAAUGAGGCAACUGCAGGUGACUUCCCAUACAACUCAGAAGGCUACCUGAUGGUGAGAAAGCAGGGUCGCUGGGGUAAACUCUGCCUGCAGAACUUCGACAAUGUUGUAGCCAGGUCACAGUCUGCAUGGGAAGUCGCUGAUCUAGGGCGUGCCGUCUGCAAAGCAAUGACAUACAGUGACUUUGAGAGAGUGAACAGAACAAUUGACACAGGAAGCAGUAGCCGAGCCGACAACUCACACUACUUUGAGCUUACCUACUCUUCAGAUGUAAACAACAACAACUCACAGCCAAGGUCCAGCCUCUCAUUCCAAGACACACAAUGCAACCAAAAAGAAGUGGUCCACAUCAGCUGUCGAGACUUGCAAUGUGGCAUUCGACCUCAAGCCAUUAACCAGUGGGCCAAUUCUCGUCAUUCUAGGAUUGUGGGUGGAGGAAAUGCUGCCCCAGGUUCUUGGCCAUGGCAGGCAGCACUCUACAAGGAAGGAGAAUUCCAAUGUGGGGCCACUCUCAUCGCAGACCGCUGGUUGGUCUCUGCAGGGCACUGCUUCUACCAUGCUCUGGAUGACUACUGGGUGGCACGGCUGGGUGCACUGCGCAGGGGUUCUAGUUUCCCAUCGCCAUAUGAACAAUUACGCCCUGUGUCACACAUCAUACUGCACCCAGGCUAUGUAGAUGCAGGUUUCCUCAAUGAUAUUUCAUUGCUUCGACUGCGGGAACCUGUGCAAUUCAGUGACUUUGUCCGACCAGUAUGUCUGCCCCCUGUUCCCAUUCGUGAUGGCAGACUCUGCACAGUGGUUGGGUGGGGCCAACUUUUUGAAGUUGGACGCAUUUUCCCGGAUACGCUACAAGAAGUGCAGCUGCCAAUCAUCUCAACAGCUGAGUGUCGCAAACGAACCCUCUUUCUGCCACUGUACCGUGUCACAGACAACAUGUUCUGUGCAGGAUUUGAUCGCGGUGGCCGAGAUGCAUGUCUAGGUGACUCUGGAGGCCCUCUCAUGUGCCAGGAAAAAGAUGGUCACUGGUCAUUGUAUGGAGUGACUAGCAAUGGCUAUGGCUGUGCACGAGCCAACAGACCUGGUGUGUACACCAAAGUGGCAAAUUAUGUUCCUUGGCUUCAGGCAGCAAUGGUGCAGCAACUAUCUUCACUACGAGACAGCAAGACACAGUGCAAGGGUCACCGGUGCCCUCUGGGAGAGUGUCUACCACUCACCAGGGUAUGUAAUGGUUUCAUGGAAUGCAGUGAUGGAAGUGAUGAGAAGGGCUGCUGGUGAUGUUCAUAACACAAACUCUCUAUCUUCAAUACUCACGGGUAAUGUCACAUGUAACACCUUUUAUUCCAAAAUUAGGCUUCCGCAGCAUAUUAAAAACAUCAGUAUGACUUACCCAUUCACAUAGCAACUAUUUGUCUCAGCAUGGUGCUUGUGAUGGGUUAUAAGAAAACUGUCACUCAAAAUUCAAAUUUCCUUUCCAUCUCCUACAUGGCAUGCAAUGCAAUUAGACAAACAGAAAUAAUAACAAUUCUAGCUGAGCUUCAAAAUGUCUGGAGAUAAAGAUCUUGAACUAGUAGUUUAAAAUGUAGCUAAAAUAUGCCAAUAUUAAUUUAUGUAAUUAUCUCUCAAAUACAUUCUAUAAGAGAAGUUUGAAAAUUUCUUUUUAAUUUGACUGACAGCCAGUUAUACCAUAACAUGACACACAUCGCACCCAGAUACAGGUUUCUAUGUUGUGAACAAAAAUUGUGAAAGUCUGGACUAAAUGGGAUAUUUCUAAAUAUGGAUGCAAGCCUAGUGGUCACAACCCAAAUCACUGUCACAGAGGAUCUCAAACAGGUCAACAAGAAUCAUCAGGGGAUGGUCUCCUAAUGAAGAAAGGUACCUGAAAGCUUCAUUUAAGAGCUAGAAGAUAAUGUUAGUGUUGCAACAGAGAAAGGUUUGGAAGAGCUAAUAAAAUGCAAUGUAGCUUUUAUUAAGAAUGAGUUAUUCAUUAAUAAUAAACUGACUCUGACAGAACUCCAAAUCCAAAAAGUACAUUUUUCUAAUACAUAAGCUGUACACAAAUGACUUAGCACAAUUCAUUUAUGCAGAAGAGAAAAUGCUACAGUGCUAACAUAUUCUUACCACUUAUAAAACAAAAAUUUAAGCAGCAAUAAUAUGUACUGUCAAUUAUUCUGGUGCUGAAAUCUCAGCAUCUGAGAUGUGUAGAGAAUCUGCUGCAAUUUGUGAAUUUGUAAAGAAUAAUUUUUCCCCCAUGCCUAUUUUCUGCAAGAAGUAUAAUCAAGAUACCUGAACAACAUGAAACUAAAUUAGUUGGAAUUAACACUAAAGACAUCACAUUCUAACAUGUCAUAAUAUUCAUGGAAAAAUCUGGUAACUUACCUUGAAAGAAAAUUUCCAGUCUGGCAACCUACAGCAGGACUAAAAUAAACCAGGUGCAAUUUGCCCAACAGUUAAUUUAUCCUACUACCUGCAAAAACACCCAAAACCCUCAUAAUUAACACAGAAGCCAAGAAGUUCUAAUUAAUUAAAACCUGCCUGAUCACUGAUACAUUUAAUCCUUUCUGUGUCAACCUAAGCACACACUCUGACUGCACUGCGUUGCUUCAGCAUGAAGCUUUGCUGUAAACCUUUUUGUCAUGCUGUCUACUGCAGACAAAAAUGUACAUGCAUCUUCUUCUUCCUAAGACACAUGAACUUUCUGUGGGUCAUCUAAUAACAAUUAUGCAAUCCAUUAUAUGUCAUGACUAGGAACAAUUUCUCUGUGCAUUGCUGCUUUUCCUUUAUUGCCAUGCCCAACUACAGCGAAAGAAAGAAUAGACAUGAGGCAUGUUAACAUGUGCCACAACACAGCACUGUUUUGUCCAAUUAUAACACUGAAGGAGUUGCCCACACUUUUAAUGAGUUUGAAUAAAAUAUAAUUGGCAUUAGUUACAGCAUUUAAUAACAUAUGAAUUUCACAAAAAUGUAAAACACAUCCUUUGGUGGGGAGAAAAAAUAUUCAUAUGGAAGGUGUUUUCCAUGUAGUAAACACAAUUUCACAGAUAAACUUGUCACUAGGACUCAAGAAGUGUCAAUAUUCCAAGCAAGUUGAUGCUGUGACAAAGCCUCUGAAUAUGUCUUUGUUUAUUUAAUUUCUUCAAGGCUGAUGCCAAAUAAAUUAUAAACAUUAUAAACACAUUGCCUGUGUCUGAGCCGCAAGCUACUUGAUAUGUGGAAAUUUUACAUUAUUCACAUUGCUAGAGGAAUAAUACAAACUAAAGACAUGAAUUUACUUAUGAUAUUACAGAAGCAAAUGAACUGGAUGAUAUACUAUUAAUGAUUUACUAUUAUAAUCAAACAUGUCAUUACAUUAAAUCUGAAGAAGUGUAUAUAUAACAUCUAUUUCUCCUUAUUUAUUUAGCACUAAGAAAUAUAAUACUAAAUGAAUGGG